GCCGCCCGCGGGUGGGGGACGUUCCCGGGACGGAAGUGGCCGAGAGAGUGUCGAAGGGAGGGCGAGGCCGGAGCCCCAGAGCCACCCGGAGAAGCAGCGGGUUAGCGGCCGGCGGGCGGGGCACAGAGCCGGGCAGCGCAGGUGUAGCCAGGCUGGAGAGGAGAAGCUGCCACCAUGGUUGCACUUUCGCUGAAGAUCAGCAUUGGGAAUGUGGUGAAGACGAUGCAGUUCGAGCCGUCCACCAUGGUGUACGACGCCUGUCGCAUCAUCCGUGAGCGGAUCCCAGAGGCCCUGGCUGGCCCCCCCAGCGACUUUGGGCUAUUUCUGUCAGAUGAUGACCCCAAAAAGGGUAUAUGGCUGGAGGCCGGGAAAGCUUUGGAUUACUACAUGCUCCGAAAUGGGGACACCAUGGAGUACAGGAAGAAACAGAGGCCCUUGAAGAUCCGUAUGCUGGACGGCACUGUGAAGACUGUCAUGGUAGACGACUCUAAGACUGUCACCGACAUGCUCAUGACCAUCUGUGCCCGCAUUGGCAUCACCAACCAUGAUGAAUACUCUCUGGUUCGAGAGCUCAUGGAGGAGAAAAAGGAGGAGGUGACAGGGACCUUACGAAAGGACAAGACACUGCUGCGAGAUGAAAAGAAGAUGGAGAAACUGAAGCAGAAAUUGCACACAGAUGAUGAGUUGAACUGGCUGGACCAUGGCCGGACACUGAGGGAACAGGGAGUGGAGGAGCACGAGACGCUUCUGCUCCGGAGGAAGUUCUUCUACUCAGACCAGAAUGUGGACUCCCGGGACCCUGUCCAGCUUAACCUUCUUUAUGUGCAGGCACGAGACGACAUCCUGAAUGGCUCCCACCCUGUCUCCUUCGACAAGGCCUGUGAAUUUGCUGGCUUCCAAUGCCAGAUCCAGUUUGGGCCCCACAAUGAGCAGAAGCACAAAGCCGGCUUCCUUGACCUGAAGGACUUCCUGCCCAAGGAGUAUGUGAAGCAGAAGGGAGAGCGUAAGAUCUUCCAGGCACACAAGAACUGUGGACAGAUGAGUGAGAUCGAGGCCAAGGUACGCUACGUGAAGCUAGCCCGUUCCCUCAAGACAUACGGCGUCUCCUUCUUCCUGGUUAAGGAAAAGAUGAAAGGAAAAAACAAGCUGGUGCCCAGGCUUCUGGGCAUCACUAAGGAGUGUGUGAUGCGAGUGGAUGAGAAGACCAAAGAGGUGAUCCAGGAAUGGAACCUCACAAACAUCAAACGCUGGGCUGCCUCUCCCAAGAGCUUCACCCUGGAUUUUGGGGACUACCAGGAUGGCUACUACUCAGUACAGACGACCGAGGGGGAGCAGAUUGCACAGCUCAUUGCUGGCUACAUCGAUAUCAUCCUUAAGAAGAAAAAAAGCAAGGAUCACUUUGGACUGGAGGGAGAUGAGGAGUCUACUAUGCUGGAGGACUCGGUCUCCCCCAAAAAGUCAACGGUCCUUCAGCAGCAGUAUAACCGGGUGGGGAAGGUGGAGCACGGCUCCGUGGCCCUGCCUGCCAUCAUGCGCUCCGGAGCCUCUGGUCCUGAGAAUUUCCAGGUGGGCAGCAUGCCACCUGCCCAGCAGCAGAUUACCAGUGGCCAGAUGCACCGAGGACACAUGCCUCCUCUGACGUCAGCCCAGCAGGCACUCACUGGAACCAUCAACUCCAGCAUGCAGGCUGUGCAGGCUGCCCAGGCCACUCUGGAUGACUUUGACACUCUGCCCCCUCUGGGCCAGGAUGCUGCCUCGAAGGCCUGGCGUAAGAACAAGAUGGAUGAAUCAAAGCAUGAAAUCCACUCCCAGGUAGACGCCAUCACAGCUGGUACUGCCUCCGUGGUGAACCUGACAGCAGGGGACCCUGCAGAGACAGACUAUACCGCAGUUGGCUGUGCAGUCACCACAAUCUCCUCCAACCUGACGGAGAUGUCCCGCGGCGUGAAGCUGCUGGCUGCCCUGCUGGAGGACGAGGGCGGCAGUGGCCGGCCCCUGCUGCAGGCAGCCAAGGGCCUGGCAGGGGCGGUGUCAGAACUGCUGCGCAGUGCCCAGCCGGCCAGCGCUGAGCCCCGUCAGAACCUGCUGCAAGCAGCUGGGAACGUGGGCCAGGCCAGUGGGGAGCUGUUGCAGCAAAUUGGGGAAAGCGAUACUGACCCCCACUUCCAGUUUCCUCAGCUGACUUGUCAUCCUGGAUUUCCUACACAGAUAUGUGCACCCAGAGGGGCUGGGGUUCGAUCUCCCCCCGAUCCCCCCACGGACGUGCUCAUGCAACUAGCCAAGGCCGUGGCAAGUGCUGCAGCUGCCCUGGUCCUCAAGGCCAAGAGUGUGGCCCAGCGGGCUGAGGACUCGGGGCUUCAGACCCAGGUUAUUGCUGCAGCAACACAGUGUGCCCUGUCCACCUCCCAGCUGGUGGCCUGUACCAAGGUGGUGGCACCUACAAUCAGCUCUCCCGUCUGCCAAGAGCAACUGGUGGAGGCCGGACGACUUGUGGCCAAGGCCGUGGAAGGCUGUGUGUCCGCCUCCCAGGCAGCCACAGAAGAUGGGCAGCUGUUGCGGGGGGUAGGAGCGGCAGCCACAGCCGUCACGCAGGCCCUGAAUGAGCUGCUGCAGCAUGUGAGGGCCCACGCCACAGGGGCUGGGCCUGCUGGCCGUUAUGACCAGGCCACUGACACCAUCCUCACUGUCACCGAGAACAUCUUUAGCUCCAUGGGUGAUGCUGGUGAGAUGGUGCGACAGGCCCGCAUCCUAGCCCAAGCCACCUCUGACCUGGUCAAUGCCAUCAAGGCUGAUGCUGAGGGGGAGAGUGACCUGGAGAAUUCCCGCAAGCUAUUAAGCGCCGCCAAGAUCCUGGCCGAUGCCACAGCCAAGAUGGUGGAGGCUGCCAAGGGAGCAGCUGCCCACCCUGACAGUGAGGAGCAGCAGCAGAGGCUGCGGGAGGCAGCUGAGGGUCUCCGCAUGGCGACCAAUGCAGCUGCGCAGAAUGCCAUCAAGAAAAAGCUCGUGCAGCGCCUGGAGCACGCAGCCAAGCAGGCUGCAGCCUCAGCUACACAGACCAUCGCUGCGGCCCAACAUGCAGCCUCCACCCCCAAGGCCUCUGCUGGUCCCCAGCCCCUGCUGGUGCAGAGCUGCAAGGCUGUGGCAGAGCAGAUUCCACUGCUGGUGCAGGGCGUCCGAGGGAGCCAAGCCCAGCCUGACAGUCCCAGUGCUCAGCUAGCCCUCAUUGCUGCCAGCCAGAGCUUCCUGCAGCCAGGUGGGAAGAUGGUGGCAGCUGCGAAGGCCUCCGUACCAACAAUUCAGGACCAGGCUUCGGCCAUGCAGCUGAGUCAGUGUGCUAAAAACCUUGGCACCGCAUUGGCUGAACUACGUACCGCUGCCCAGAAGGCUCAGGAAGCAUGUGGGCCUUUGGAGAUGGAUUCUGCUCUGAGUGUGGUCCAGAAUCUAGAGAGAGACCUGCAGGAAGUGAAGGCAGCAGCUCGAGAUGGCAAGCUGAAACCCCUACCUGGGGAGACAAUGGAGAAAUGUGCCCAGGACCUGGGCAACAGCACCAAAGCAGUGAGCUCCGCAAUCGCCCAGCUCCUGGGAGAGGUUGCCCAGGGCAAUGAGAAUUAUGCAGGUAUUGCAGCUCGAGAUGUGGCAGGUGGGCUGCGGUCCUUGGCCCAAGCUGCCAGGGGUGUAGCUGCCCUGACAUCAGACCCUGCGGUGCAAGCCAUCGUGCUUGACACAGCCAGUGAUGUACUGGACAAGGCCAGCAGCCUCAUCGAGGAGGCGAAAAAGGCAGCUGGCCAUCCGGGGGACCCUGAGAGCCAGCAGAGGCUUGCCCAGGUGGCCAAAGCAGUGACCCAGGCCCUGAACCGUUGCGUCAGCUGCCUGCCUGGCCAGCGCGAUGUGGACAAUGCCCUGAGAGCAGUGGGAGAUGCCAGCAAGCGACUCCUAAGUGACUCGCUUCCCCCCAGCACCGGAACUUUUCAAGAAGCUCAGAGCCGGCUGAAUGAAGCCGCUGCUGGGCUGAAUCAGGCAGCCACAGAACUGGUGCAGGCCUCUCGGGGAACCCCUCAGGACCUGGCUCGAGCCUCGGGUCGAUUCGGACAGGACUUCAGCACCUUCCUGGAAGCCGGCGUGGAGAUGGCAGGACAGGCUCCGAGCCAGGAGGACCGUGCCCAGGUCGUGUCCAACUUGAAGGGCAUCUCCAUGUCUUCAAGCAAACUUCUUCUGGCUGCUAAGGCCCUGUCCACAGACCCUGCUGCCCCCAACCUCAAGAGUCAGCUGGCUGCAGCUGCCCGGGCAGUGACCGACAGCAUCAACCAGCUCAUCACCAUGUGCACCCAGCAGGCGCCAGGCCAGAAAGAGUGUGACAAUGCCCUGCGGGAAUUGGAGACGGUCCGGGAACUCCUAGAGAACCCAGUCCAGCCCAUCAAUGACAUGUCCUACUUUGGCUGCCUGGACAGUGUCAUGGAAAACUCGAAGGUGCUGGGUGAGGCCAUGACUGGCAUCUCCCAAAAUGCCAAGAACGGAAAUCUGCCGGAGUUUGGGGAGGCCAUCGCCACAGCCUCCAAGGCGCUCUGUGGCUUCACCGAGGCAGCUGCACAGGCUGCAUAUCUGGUUGGCGUCUCUGACCCCAACAGCCAAGCUGGACAGCAAGGGCUGGUGGAGCCCACACAGUUUGCCCGAGCAAACCAGGCAAUUCAGAUGGCCUGUCAGAGUUUGGGGGAGCCUGGCUGCACCCAGGCCCAGGUGCUCUCUGCAGCCACCAUUGUGGCCAAACACACCUCUGCACUGUGUAACAGCUGCCGCCUGGCCUCUGCCCGUACUGCCAAUCCUACUGCCAAGCGCCAGUUUGUACAGUCAGCGAAGGAGGUGGCCAACAGCACAGCCAAUCUUGUCAAGACCAUCAAGGCACUAGACGGGGCCUUCACAGAGGAGAACCGUGCCCAGUGCCGAGCAGCAACCGCCCCUCUCCUGGAGGCUGUGGACAAUCUGAGUGCCUUUGCAUCCAACCCUGAGUUCUCCAGCGUUCCUGCCCAGAUCAGCCCUGAGGGCCGGGCUGCUAUGGAACCCAUUGUGAUCUCUGCGAAGACAAUGUUGGAGAGUGCCGGGGGCCUAAUCCAGACAGCCCGGGCCCUGGCGGUCAAUCCCCGGGACCCCCCGCGCUGGUCAGUGUUGGCUGGCCACUCCCGUACUGUCUCCGACUCUAUCAAGAAGCUCAUUACAAGCAUGAGGGACAAGGCUCCAGGGCAGCUAGAAUGUGAGACAGCCAUUGCAGCUCUGAACAGCUGUCUGCGGGACCUGGACCAGGCUUCCCUCGCUGCAGUCAGCCAGCAGCUUGCUCCCCGUGAGGGUAUCUCUCAAGAGGCCCUGCACACCCAGAUGCUCACUGCGGUGCAGGAGAUCUCCCAUCUUAUUGAGCCACUGGCCAGUGCUGCCCGGGCUGAAGCCUCCCAGCUGGGACACAAGGUGUCCCAGAUGGCCCAAUACUUUGAGCCACUCACCCUGGCUGCCGUGGGUGCUGCCUCCAAGACCCUGAGCCACCCACAGCAGAUGGCGCUCCUGGACCAGACUAAAACCUUGGCCGAGUCUGCCCUGCAGUUGCUGUACACAGCCAAGGAGGCUGGCGGUAACCCCAAGCAAGCAGCUCACACCCAGGAAGCCCUGGAGGAGGCCGUGCAGAUGAUGACAGAGGCCGUGGAAGACCUAACAACCACCCUCAACGAGGCAGCCAGUGCUGCUGGGGUUGUCGGCGGCAUGGUGGACUCCAUCACGCAGGCCAUCAACCAGCUAGAUGAAGGACCAAUGGGUGAACCAGAAGGUUCCUUUGUGGAUUACCAGACAACUAUGGUGCGGACAGCCAAGGCCAUUGCUGUUACCGUUCAGGAGAUGGUAACUAAGUCAAACACCAGCCCUGAGGAGCUGGGCCCUCUUGCAAACCAGCUGACCAGUGACUACGGCCGUCUGGCCUCACAGGCCAAGCCCGCAGCUGUAGCUGCUGAAAAUGAAGAGAUAGGCGCCCACAUCAAGCACCGGGUACAGGAGCUGGGGCACGGCUGUGCUGCUCUGGUCACCAAGGCAGGCGCCCUGCAGUGCAGCCCCAGUGACGCUUAUACCAAGAAGGAGCUGAUAGAGUGCGCACGAAGAGUCUCCGAGAAGGUCUCCCAUGUGCUGGCUGCACUCCAGGCCGGGAAUCGUGGCACUCAGGCCUGCAUCACAGCCGCCAGUGCUGUGUCGGGCAUCAUCGCUGACCUCGACACCACCAUCAUGUUCGCUACUGCUGGCACGCUCAAUCGCGAGGGUGCUGAAACUUUUGCGGACCACCGGGAGGGCAUUCUGAAGACUGCAAAGGUGCUGGUGGAGGACACCAAGGUCCUGGUGCAGAAUGCAGCUGGGAGCCAGGAGAAGCUGGCACAGGCUGCCCAGUCCUCUGUGGCCACCAUCACUCGCCUCGCUGACGUGGUCAAGCUGGGUGCAGCCAGCCUGGGAGCUGAGGACCCUGAGACCCAGGUGGUGCUGAUCAAUGCAGUGAAAGAUGUGGCCAAGGCCCUGGGAGACCUCAUCAGUGCAACAAAGGCUGCAGCUGGCAAAGUCGGGGAUGACCCUGCUGUGUGGCAGCUCAAGAACUCUGCCAAGGUGAUGGUGACCAAUGUGACAUCAUUGCUCAAGACGGUGAAAGCUGUGGAGGAUGAGGCCACCAAGGGCACACGGGCCCUGGAGGCAACCACGGAACACAUACGGCAGGAACUGGCGGUCUUCUGUUCCCCAGAGCCACCUGCCAAGACCUCUACCCCAGAAGACUUCAUCCGCAUGACCAAGGGUAUCACCAUGGCAACAGCCAAGGCCGUUGCUGCCGGGAACUCCUGCCGCCAGGAAGAUGUCAUUGCCACAGCCAAUCUAAGUCGUCGUGCUAUUGCAGAUAUGCUUCGGGCUUGCAAGGAAGCAGCCUACCACCCAGAAGUGGCCCCUGAUGUGCGGCUUCGAGCACUGCACUAUGGCCGGGAGUGCGCCAACGGCUACCUGGAACUGCUGGACCAUGUGCUGCUGCCGACCCUGCAGAAGCCAAGCCCAGAGUUGAAGCAGCAGUUGACGGGUCACUCAAAGCGUGUGGCUGGUUCAGUCACUGAGCUAAUCCAGGCUGCUGAGGCCAUGAAGGGAACAGAAUGGGUGGACCCAGAGGACCCCACAGUCAUCGCUGAGAAUGAGCUGCUGGGAGCUGCGGCUGCCAUUGAGGCUGCUGCCAAAAAGCUGGAGCAGCUGAAGCCCCGGGCCAAACCCAAGGAGGCAGAUGAAUCCUUGAACUUUGAGGAGCAGAUACUGGAAGCUGCCAAAUCCAUUGCCGCAGCCACCAGUGCCCUGGUGAAGGCUGCAUCAGCUGCCCAGAGGGAACUGGUGGCCCAAGGGAAGGUGGGCGCCAUUCCAGCCAAUGCACUGGAUGAUGGGCAGUGGUCCCAGGGCCUUAUUUCUGCUGCUCGGAUGGUGGCUGCAGCCACCAACAAUCUGUGUGAGGCAGCCAAUGCAGCUGUACAAGGCCACGCCAGCCAGGAGAAGCUCAUCUCAUCAGCCAAGCAGGUCGCUGCCUCCACAGCCCAGCUCCUCGUGGCCUGCAAAGUCAAGGCUGACCAGGACUCUGAGGCAAUGAAACGGCUUCAGGCUGCUGGCAACGCAGUGAAGCGAGCCUCGGAUAACCUGGUGAAGGCAGCACAAAAGGCUGCAGCCUUUGAAGACCAGGAGAACGAGACAGUGGUAGUGAAGGAGAAGAUGGUUGGGGGCAUUGCCCAGAUCAUUGCCGCCCAGGAAGAGAUGCUUCGGAAGGAACGAGAGCUGGAAGAGGCACGGAAGAAGUUGGCACAGAUCCGGCAGCAGCAGUACAAGUUUCUGCCUUCAGAGCUUCGAGAUGAGCACUAGGGCAGCCGCUUCUAUUUAACGCAGACCCAGCCCAGAGACUGUGCCUGCCACUACCAAAGCCUUCUGGGCUGUCGGGCCCAGCCUGCCCAACCCCAGCACUCCCCAAAGUGCCUGCCAAACCCCGGGCCUGGCCCUGCCCAGUCCCGCUGCACAUCCCCUGUCCCUUCCUGACUCCAAGUGCCUUCAUGCCCUAGGGCCCCCGAAGUGCCUACCCCUCCCAGAGUAUUAACGCUCCAAGAGUAUUAUUAACGCUGCUGUACCUCAGUCUGAACCUGCCAGGGCCCCAGCCCGCUGCACCCGGCCAGCAGCUUCCAGCCAGUCCCCACAGCCUCCGCUCUACUCAUCCUUUUUUAUACUAUCUAUCUACCCCCUCCCCCACCCACCUGUGGGGGUCGUGAGGGUGUAAGCCCCAACAGGCCAUACUCCAAUAAAGGUGAUUCUGCCUGCA